GGUUGCUUUGUGGCUGUCGAUUUUCUCUGAAGUCCGAAUUCGAAGAUACUUUUUCUGCGGUGGCGGCUGGCACGGCAGUGGGGAGAUGAGGCAGAAGCGGAAAGGAGAUCUCAGCCGUGCCGAGUUGAUGAUACUGACCAUAGGAGAUGUUAUUAAGCAACUAAUUGAAGCCCAUGAACAGGGGAAAGACAUUGAUCUGAAUAAGGUGAAAACCAGGACAGCUGCCAAAUAUGGCCUUUCUGCGCAGCCCCGCCUGGUGGACAUCAUUGCUGCAGUCCCACCUCAGUAUCGGAAGGUCUUGGUCCCCAAGUUAAAGGCAAAACCCAUCAGAACUGCCAGUGGGAUUGCUGUUGUGGCUGUCAUGUGCAAGCCCCACAGAUGUCCACACAUCAGUUUUACGGGAAAUAUAUGUGUAUACUGCCCUGGUGGACCUGAUUCAGAUUUUGAGUAUUCGACUCAGUCUUACACUGGAUAUGAGCCAACCUCCAUGCGAGCUAUCCGUGCCAGGUAUGACCCUUAUCUGCAGACGAGACACCGAAUAGAACAGUUAAAACAACUUGGUCACAGUGUGGAUAAAGUGGAAUUUAUUGUGAUGGGUGGAACAUUUAUGGCCCUUCCAGAAGAAUACAGAGACUAUUUUAUUCGAAAUCUACAUGAUGCCUUAUCAGGGCAUACCUCCAACAAUAUUUAUGAAGCAGUCAAGUAUUCUGAGAGAAGCCUCACCAAGUGCGUUGGGAUUACUAUUGAGACCAGACCAGAUUACUGCAUGAAGCGGCAUUUGAGUGACAUGCUGACCUAUGGCUGUACAAGGCUGGAGAUUGGGGUGCAGAGUGUCUAUGAGGACGUGGCCAGAGAUACCAACCGGGGCCACACUGUGAAGGCAGUUUGUGAGUCAUUUCACCUGGCCAAAGAUUCUGGUUUCAAAGUUGUGGCUCAUAUGAUGCCUGAUCUGCCAAAUGUGGGACUUGAAAGAGACAUUGAACAGUUUACGGAGUUUUUUGAGAACCCUGCUUUUCGUCCCGAUGGUUUGAAACUCUACCCUACCCUGGUGAUUCGUGGAACUGGGCUUUAUGAGCUGUGGAAAUCAGGAAGAUAUAAGAGUUACUCUCCCAGUGACCUGAUUGAAUUGGUGGCCCGGAUCCUGGCCCUUGUACCCCCAUGGACUCGAGUGUACCGAGUACAGAGAGAUAUCCCAAUGCCUUUAGUGAGCUCAGGAGUAGAGCAUGGUAACUUGAGAGAGCUGGCAUUUGCAAGAAUGAAGGACCUUGGAAUACAGUGUCGAGAUGUGAGAACCAGAGAGGUUGGAAUCCAAGAAAUUCAUCACAAAGUACGGCCAUACCAGGUCGAAUUGGUAAGAAGAGAUUAUGUUGCAAAUGGUGGCUGGGAAACAUUCUUAUCAUAUGAAGAUCCAGAUCAAGACAUCUUGAUUGGCCUCCUGAGGUUACGAAAGUGUUCAGAGGAAACAUUCCGCUUCGAAUUGGUUGGAGGUGUUUCCAUAGUCCGAGAGCUGCAUGUGUAUGGAAGUGUCGUCCCCGUAAGCAGUCGGGAUCCCACUAAAUUUCAGCAUCAGGGAUUUGGCAUGCUGCUGAUGGAGGAAGCAGAGAGGAUAGCUAGAGAAGAACAUGGAUCUGGGAAGAUAGCUGUUAUAUCAGGGGUUGGCACCAGGAAUUAUUACAGAAAGAUUGGCUACAGAUUGCAAGGUCCGUACAUGGUGAAGACGCUGAAAUGACAGCCACGUCAGUCCACCUUGAGGCACAUCCUCCCCGGCAGAAAACAGAUUCAGAAUGUCGUGAACACUCAGCAGAGAAGCUGAGCAAAGCAAAUGGACCUCCCCGUCCCCUUGUAAAGGAGUCUCCCCCUCCCCCUGCAGCCACCGGAACUGGAAACUGCGUUCAGGGCUGGAUGGGCCGCUGACUGAGCCCUCAGAGCCUUGGCCUCCAGCCCUACCCCACCCCACCCCUUCCUGCAUGUUCUCAAGAUGUCACUUCCAUUUUCAAGACUUAUGUCCUAUAUCCAGUUUCUACAUCCCGCAUGAAACCUGCAAGUGACCUAACUGCCAUUCAGGCACAGUGACAGAAGCAGAUUAAUCAACUCAUUUGGACACCACACAGUUCAUGAACUAAAACUGGCCAUGUCAUUGGAGGAGGAAACUUAGAAGUAGGUUAUGUAUAGGCUUUAGGGACAAAAAGGUUGGGACAUGUGAAAACUGUCACACGUUGAUUUCUGGCCUGUAACUACAUAUGCAUUCCGGCAUUAAGUUAGGGAAAUGAGCUUUUGUGCUCAUGGAGAUCAUUCUGGUUUCUGUGCUGCUGUUUAAAGUGUCCGGAAGAAGUGAGCCUGGAGGCCUGUGUUUCAAGCUUGAAACCAGCCUUUCUCAUUUGGGCAUCUACCGUCUACAUUACAGACAUCCAUUUAUUUCACAUUUUUUUAUCAUCUGUACUUCCCACCUUCGAGAAGUGCGAAAACACCGUGGGUGGCACUUUCGCCCAGAGGAGCUUUUGGCUUUGCUGGUCACCUGUUCUGAGCAGGCAGAGUCUGCUCUGCGCAUGUCUGCGCUUGUGUCGCCCCAAGUCAGGAUGUGCAUUCACAGAAGCUGUUCCUGCAUUUUAAUUCUUUAAGAUGGAUUUUAGUUUGUUUUAAAUGGAGAAAGGCCAGAGUUGAACUGAUAAAGGAAAGCAAAAAGAAAAAGAAAAAAGAAAACAAGCCCAAAUAUAAAACUAGGAAGAAGAUUGGCUUUUUCAAAGGUUCGUCUUACAGAACAGCCUCUGUAAAUAACCUCAGGUCAUCUACUGAGGCGACUCCGCCUGGAGAGGGGCAGUUCUUAAGAACAUGGCUAAACCUGGCUUCCCUUGGCUUCGGUGGCAUUUUACAAAGGUUUAUUAAAUGGAAUUGAUUCUUCUAAAGGUUCAAAAAAUAAAACCGUCAUCAUACAA